UGUAAGGCCAAUUUCCAUUGCCGAUCAAAACUCAGGGCGCCUUGUCCUCCAUGGCUCUUCUGUACGAACCUUCGAUUCGGAGCUCCGAAUUUUUUUCUUCAGAAUUCAAUUUUUGAAUCUUCAAAUCAUUCAAUUUUCACUUCCUGUAGCAUUAUUUUUAUCUAAUUAAGGUGCAUUACCCAUUACUGUUCUAGAAAGGUUCAAAUUGGUAUUUAUGUGUGACAGUUCUAUAACCUUGUCAUGCAUUAUCGUAUCUAUUGGACUUCCAUUACAGAGGAUGUGACAAAACCUAGGCAAUGGCAACAUCUAGUAAGUUUGAUCUGUCUUCUGAUAUCCCGGAUAGGCUGUUAUACGCCAGUGGGCAGCGUGGAUCCCACUUAACUGCUCAGUUGGACAGAUCAGGCAGCUUUCGUGAGAGCAUGGAGAAUCCAGUCCUAUCUUCUCUCCCAAACAUGACAAGAAGCGGUUCUACAUUAGCGCAGGGAGAUGUGGUGAAUUUCUUUCAAUGUUUGCGCUUUGAUCCAAAGAUGGUGGCUUCUGAACAUAAGUCUCAUCGCCAAGGGGACUUUAAACGGCACUUGAGUAAUGCUCUUGGGAUUUCGGUGGAUGAUAUCCCAUCUGGUCCUCUCAAAGGAAAAAUUCCUGUGCCUGAGGACAUCAAGAGAGUUAGGGCUGCCGUGCGUGAAUGCACUGUCAAGGCCAGGGAACGUCAUAAGACUUUUAAUGAAGCCUUAUCUGUACUCAACAAAUUUUUUCCAAGUAUCCCUUCAAAGAAGAGAUCUAGAUUAGAAGGCUUUGCUAACGACCGGCCCAAUGCCUUGUUAUCAAGUGAUCGAUCAGUUAUGGGGCUUAGCAUCGGUAAGAUGGGAGUUCAUAAUCAUGUUGGUGGUGGUAGUUUUGAACUUGAUCAUCAAAAAUCAGAGGAAAGAACCAGAAAUGUGGUGCCAAACAAGCGGACGCGAACCUCGUUAGUGGAUGUGAGGAGCAAUGCUCUCGUCAGGCCAUCUGGCACUGUAGAUAGAGAUAGGGAAAUGCUAAGACUUGGAAAUGGUGGUGCAGUUCAGGGUGAUGAUCGAAGUUUAUCUAUUGGGGUUGAUGGUUGGGAAAAGACAAAAAUGAAAAAGAAACGUUCUGGGAUAAAGCCAGACAUAUCUCCAAGUAUAGUUUCACCUAAACCAAAUGAUGGAUAUCGGGAGCCAAAACAGGGAAUGGCACAGAGACCUAUUACUGAGGCUAGAUCAAGGUUAAAUAGCGACUCCCAUAGCUUCAGACCUGGAGUUUCCAAUGGUACUGUAAGCAUUGCAAAAUCAGAUGGUGUCUCACAAUCGCCGGGUUUGAGUAUGCGAUCAUCCAUCCCUAGAGCUGAUAUUGACAGCAGUUCUAUGAUCAGUGACAGAAGGGAACGUUCCAUUGGUUCUGAUAAGGAAAGGGUGAAUCCCAAAGCUGUUAAUAAAGCAAACGUCCGUGAUGAUUUUAAUUCAGCUAGUUCCACGUCAAGCACAAAAAUGAACGCAUCUGUAAGGGGUCCACGAUCAGGUUCAGGUAUUGCCCCCAAAUUGUCCCCAGUUGUCCAUAGAGCAACCACUCCAAAUGAGUGGGAGCUAUCUCAUUGCUCAAACAAACCACCUGCUGUUGGAAUAAGUAACCGUAAACGCACAGCGUCAGCUCGGUCUUCAUCUCCACCUGUUGCCCAUUGGGCUGGUCAGAGGCCACAGAAGAUCUCUCGUGCUGCAAGACGAACAAAUUUGAUUCCAAUUGUUUCAAAUAAUGAUGAAAGCCCUGCUCCGGAUACUGUUUCUGAUGUUUCUGGUAGUGAUCUUGGAUUGGGAUAUGCCAAGCGUUUGACUGCCAAUUCUCCGCAGCACAUCAAAUUAAAAAGUGAACCUGUAUCUUCAGCUGCAUUAUCUGAAAGUGAGGAAUCAGGGACUCCUGAGAUUAAAUCUAAAGAUAAGGGUAAAAGGUCAGAUGAUAUAGAUGAGAAGGCUGGACAGAAUGUUCUAAAGGUAUCCACUUUGAGCUUAACUUCGAGAAAGAAUAAGCUUGUUUCCGGAGAGGACAUUGGAGAUGGAGUGCGGAGGCAAGGGAGGACUGGGCGGGGUUUUACAACAAGGUCUCUCAUGCCAAUGUCAGUUGAGAAGGUCGCCAACGUGCGAACUGCUAAACAACUUAGAAGUGUCAGACUUGGCUUUGAAAAAAAUGAAAGCAAGACAGGUCGUCCACCUACUAGAAAACUUUCUGACCGGAAGGCGUACAAGCGGCAAAAGCAUACAACAGUUAAUGCAGCAGCAGAUUUUCUUGUUGGUUCAGAUGAUGGGCAUGAAGAGCUAUUGGCUGCUGCAGGCUCUGUAAUUAAUCCUGUUCAUGCAUGUCUCAACCCAUUUUGGAGGCAAAUGGAGCCAUAUUUCAGUUUUAUAUCUGAUUCUGACAUCGGUUACCUGAAGCAACAGGCAAAUGUUGAUUCUACUGCAUCAUCGCCGGCACGUGUUUCAUCUGAUCUAAAUAACUGUUGUAUUGUCUCUAAUGGAUUUGGGUUGAUUGAACAUGAGGGAGAAGGGGGAAUUUCCACUGAAACAAGGCUUUCUGAACAGUUAGUGCCAGGAACAAGAGACAUUCCUCUUUAUCAAAGACUCAUAGCAGCUAUAAUUUCUGAGGAAGAUUGUGCCCAAGGAAAUAGAGACAUGGAAUUUGAUAUAUAUGAAAGUGGAUUUGAGCUGGAUGAGGAGUUGGGAUCAAAUGGUUUGAAUUAUAUAGAUAAUUUUAAGUUAUCUAGACAUACUGCAUUUAAUGGUUAUAAAUUGACGGGGAAGAAAGAACAUGAUGAGGUGGACAUUGACGCAUUGAGCAUUCCUACCAUGGAAAUGUAUUCAAACUUCAAUAGUGUAAACGGUGUACUUCAAGACCAGGCUAUGAUUACUAGCAUGGUCUGUCCAGAAUUUCACUAUGAUGAUUUGCAGAUAACUGAAAAUCUCCGUCUGGAAGUUCAAAGUAUUGGAAUUUAUCCAGAACUACCGAUGGGGGGUGAAGGAAUUGGUGAGGAGAUUAGCAGCUUAGAGGAGAAGUACCGAGGGCAGGUUUCAAAGAAGAAAGGAUUGCUAGAUAAGCUGUUGAAAUCUGCCUCAGAAACAAAAGACCUUGAGGAAAAGGAAUUUGAACAACGUGCUCAUGACAAACUUGUCACAAUGGCUUAUGAGAAGUAUAUGGCUUGUUGGGGUCCAAUUACUGGUGGGAAGGGCUCUGGUAACAAAAUGGCUAAGCAAGCUGCCCUAGCUUUUGUGACGCGGACAUUAGAAAGAUGUCAUACAUAUGAAGACACAGGGAAAAGCUGUUUCAGUGAACCUUUGUUUAGGAAUAUGUUUCUUUCUAGUUCUUGCCACCAUAGUGGUGGAAGAUCAUCAGGUACUCCUAUAGAUGGGGAUUCUGCAAAAGUCUAUGCCAGUGCCUCCGGCCGCUCUAUGGAAGCUAGAGUUUCAGCUUCUAUGGGCUCACAGUCAAGUCCGCGAAUUUCUCGGUUAAUUCAGAAUGGGGAUGGCUGUGUUGCUAAUUCUUCUGAUUUGCUUCCACCUGUAAAUCGCUUAUCUGCACAAUCUACACUUAAAGAAGAUACAUGGUCAAAUAGGGUGAAGAAGAGGGAACUGCUUCUUGAUGAUGUUGGUUGUAACAUAGGUACUUCAAGUACCCCUUCUGGAAUUGGAGCUUCUUUGUCAAGCAGUACAAAAGGAAAGAGGAGUGAGAGAGAUAGGGAGGGAAAGGUUUUAUCUAGGAAUGGAACUAAUAAAAUAGGUCGGCCAUCAUUGUCAAAUGUUAAGGGAGAAAGGAAAACUAAAACAAAGCCUAAACAGAAAACUCAAUCAUCAGUUUCUGUAAAUGGCCUUCUUGGGAAGAUAUCAGAGCAACCUAAACCCACAUUACCUUCUGACACAAAGUCUGGUGAAAGAAGUACUAGUAGCAAUUGUAAAAAAAAGGAUGGUUUUGGCUUGGAUGCAUUGGAUGAUCCUGAGGCUAUUGAUUUCUCCAACCUGCAGCUACCAGGAUUGGAUGAUGGCCAAGGGCAGGAUCUGGGUUCAUGGUUGAAUAUUGACGAUGAUGGAUUACAAGAUCAUGAUGCCUUCAUGGGUCUUGAAAUUCCAAUGGAUGACCUAUCAGAUUUGAAUAUGAUGGUUUAAAAUCUCUGUAUAGUCCUGUUCAUUAUACUAUUGACAAAGAAAACAUAAUCACUGUUGUCAAGAAAUGACCAGAUACAUGAAUGGUCAUUUGCCUGCGGGUCCACAAUUAGGUUAUAUAGAUUCUUUGGUAGACUUCAAAAGAUUUUCAAGGAACCUUUCAGAUGCUUUGGUUUUUGUUCCUGUAUUAAGCUGGUAACUUCGACUGUAAAGUUCUUUUUCUCCAAGGUACAAGUUAUCAUGUCACAAGUUAGUACAUUGUAGAAUUUACAUCGCAGUAAGCACUGAAUCCUCGCUGUAGCUUUUACAAAUCAGAGAACAAUACCUCUUGUACAUAAAUUUUAUAUUUCUAAUAAAUCUGCUUUGUAGUCA